CUGAUUCGUUUUUAGCAGAUUUGUGCAAAAUGUCUCUGGAGAGACAAACAAAAACACAUGGAGUCUGACAUACUACUGUACGAGUUAAGGAGACGAUGGUGCUCUCCCUGGUGCUCUCCUCCUCCAGUCAACAUGUUCAAUCUCAUGAGCAAUUGCUGCAGCUGGGUCUCCAAACUCCAGCAACCACUGAGAAAGAUCACGGUUCUAGUGGUUGGUUUGGACAAGGCUGGAAAAACAUCUUGUGUCAGAGGGAUGUUGAGAGGUAAUUUAGUGCCCCCUGGAGAUGUAGGUCCCACUCAUGGAUGUGUCCGCACUGAAUUAAGGGUGGAGAACUACUUGGUUAACAUACUGGAUAUGGGAGGGGCUCCUGAGGUUCGGGGGUCUUGGAGAGAACAUUACGGUGAAGCUCACGGCAUCAUCUUUGUGGUGGAUUCCAGUGACAGACAACAAAUGAAAAAGGUCAAAGAAGCUCUGGUGGACUUACUGAAGCAUCCAAGAGUAGCAGGAAAACCUCUUCUUGUGCUGGCAAAUAAACAGGACAAAAUAAAUGCUCUGCUGGGAAAUGAACUCAUUGAAAUUCUCUCUCUAGAGAGGCUGGUCAACCAGAGCCGUUCCCUUUGCCACAUCGAGUCAUGUUCUGCCUCAGUGGACCUGCGUCGCUGGUCAGACAGAAAGACUCUGCGAGGUCUCAGAUGGCUACUGCGAGCCGUGUGCCUGGACUACCCUGACAUCUGUGCCCGUGUGAUGAGAGACGGGAGGCGACCAUUAGGGCCAGAAGAAAAAGAGAGGAGAGGAAAAAUAGAGAAGAGCCGGAACAAAUCUAAAGAGGAAAAAACACGUACAAGCAAAACCGAUAUCCGUCAAGAACAGCACAAUGAAACUGUGAGGAAAAAUGGGACACUGCAGCCAAUCGAAAAUAUUCUAAAUAAGGAGAACUCUUUAAAAAAAGAAACUAAGCAAAAAGAAGAAGGUGAAGGUUAAAAUUAAGAAGGAGAGUCCAAGCAGAGGAGUAAAUGAAGACGAGGUGGAGGAGACAGAAGGAAAUGAAGCAGAACAGGACCACAAC